UCGCGCGAUUAACUUAUCACACUCCGCCUCAAAAUCAAUCGUAUCGCGAGCCCCACAGUCGCCUUGGUGGAACUCCUUGUUCAAUUUUUUCCCCAACAUGUGGAACAGAGGACCAUCCGGAGGUCAAUCGCAAUUUCCACCCCCCAACACCGCACCUACCCGACCCCAGCCCCCACCCACCACGCCUGUAUCCACACCUAUUAUACCCGUAGAAGUACCUUCAUCCCCGCCUGCCAAUCCUACUGAUUCUGGAACUCAAGAAACUCCUGCCAAACCUAUAUCAGUACCUCCUCAACCUUCACCGGUGCCUUCUAAUCCCUCAUCAGCCCCCGUUCAAGCUCCACCAGCGCCUACCAAGCCAUCACCAGCGCCUACCCCCAAACCUCCCCCUUCUUCUAGUCCAGCCCCCGCUAACCCUGCCACCGCACCUGCGACUGCUCCAGUCUCAAAUGCGGCCGGUGUUUGCCCCCAAAUCCGCGUGCGAAAAGAAUGGAGAAACAUGGAGCGCGAUGUCCAAAAGUCAUACAUGUCGGCGAUAAAGUGUUUGCUCUCAAAGCCUUCAAGAUUACAACCGGGCACAGGCCGUCGGCUGUACGACGACUUUGUUUUUGUUCACGACAGGUCUCGUAAUUCAGUCCAUUGGGUCUCAGCCUUUUUGCCAUGGCAUAGGCAUUUCAUUUAUCUUCAAGAGAAAGCCCUCAUUGACUGUGGAUACGUUGGUGCCCUACCUCGUUGGGAUUGGACAUUGGAUUCUCAAAACUUCACAACAGCCGCCGUAUGGUCAUCGGACCCCGAGACGGGUUUUGGCACCAAUGGUGCAGAUAACACUGCCGACCCUAAUGGUCUUGGGGGUGGUACAGUUGUCGACGGUGCUUUUGCUAAUCUCCAAUUACGUUACCCGGAUCAGCAUCUUCUGGAGCGAGGUUGGACUUCCCCAGCUCAGUUCAAUGAACGGGGAAGUACUUAUGGAAGCCAGUACUAUGACGAUGUUGCCAUCAAGGUCGUUCAUAGCAGUCAAGACUUUUUGAAUUUCCGUGUCGCUAUUGAGGGGACAAACCCUUCGAGCCGUGGAGUCAGUUUACCCGGGCCUCAUGGAUAUGUCACCCAGUUCCUAUGCGCCUAA